CCCAACAGAGGGAGGCAAACGUCUCCCGCCUCAUACAUAGUACGAGGACCCUUCGCUGAAUAACUGUCUUCCACUUGACCACCAAACUAGAACAGAAACCCAAAAAUCAAACUGCUAGCCUCUGAACCCAUGAAGGAGAGCCAGGAGAGGACGCGUGGGAGGAGGAGGUACGGAGGUUUCCUUCCAAUAUAAAUACGAGGAGGAGAGGAUAGAAGAGGAGGUGAGAAGCGAGAGCUGGCAGGCUGAUCAAGGACCGGCAGCCCACAUAGCGAGGAGGAAAUCGGCGCAACGACCGUCAUCACAGCCUUGGGAUAGGAGUCACACACUGAGCAUGCACGACGCAGUGAGUGGCAAUGGAGAGGAACAACCCUUUAUUGACAACAAGAGAUCUCUGGCACAAUCAGACUCAUGGUGGUCGUCCAUCUGCAUCUGGAGGUUACCGGUUCCAGUGAUAUGUCAGAAGAUGUCACUCAAGAAGAUAUUCUUGCUCCUUGUUGUCAUCUGUACGGUCAGCCUCCUGCUACACAAAAGGGACUACUUGACCUGGUAUAAAGAGAGCUUCCAUGUGGAUUGUCCUGUCCGAUUGAAUUCCCCUCCAUGCCAGAAACCUAAGCACACCAAUAUUGUCUUUCUCAAGACCCACAAAACAGCCAGCACCACCAUGCAGAACCUGCUGUUCCGCUUUGGGGAGCUCAACAACUUGACGGUGGCGCUGCCAAUACAAGCCUGCGGUCACCAGUUCUGCUACCCACGUUCCUUCAACACCCAGUUUGUUCACCCACACACCCUGCCUGCCAAUGUGAUCACAAACCACAUGCGCUUUAACAAGACAGCACUGCAACACCUAAUGCCAAAUGACACCAUUUACAUCACAAUCCUGAGAGAGCCGGUCUCCAUGUUUGAAUCCUUGUUCACUUAUUAUUCACGUCACUGUGAGAGCUUUAGAAGGGUACCCAAUGGCUCUCUAGAGGUUUUCCUAAACAGGCCCUACAAUUACUAUCGGCCAUUAGAGUAUGACUCGUCAUAUGCACAUAACUGUUUGACUUUUGACCUCGGAGGAGACAAAGAUUGGCCAGCAAAUGACGUGAGUUAUGCUCAAGCCUUUGCUGCAGAGUUGGAUCAAGUUUUCUCCUUGGUGAUGAUUUCCGAGUAUUUUGAUGAAUCUUUAGUUCUCCUUCGUCAUCUCCUUUCCUGGAAUUUGGAGGACAUUCUGUAUGUCAAGCUCAACAUGCGAACAGAAGAUUCUAAGAAGAGCGUGGCACCAGAUCUUCUUGCAAAGAUCCGAGCCUGGAAUUCCAUCGAUUCAUACCUUUAUGAGUAUUUUAACGCCACACUGUGGCGCAAACUGUCAGAGUUCGGUCUAGUCCAUGUGGAGAGGGAGGUGCAGCUCCUUCGGGAUGCUCAGGAGAGGUUGAUGAAAACCUGCUUUGGCAGGGAGGAACCACUCUUCCGUUCGACUGGAGAGAUCAAAAGAAAGGAUCUUCGCCCUUGGAAACCCAAUGAAAAAGUUGAUAUUGUUGGUUACGACCUUCCUUCAAAUAUAAGCCGUGAAGCACAGAAGCUCUGCCUCAAGUACAUUAUGCCAGAGAUUUCGUACACAGAAGCGCUUCUUCGAUCCCAGUCGCUGAGGCAUAGUCAAUCCAAGAGAAAGAGUUCCCAGAAGCCCUCUGUCCCCCAGCCACCGACACACACACUGCAGCCUCGGCAUUCUCAUGUUAGUCAUAACCAACAGCCGGCCUCUCCAGCUAAAGGCCACUCUUCAGUAACAGGCCCAAAAUCCAUCCUAAAUCCCAAAUCUAUCCCAAAGCAAGUUGUAAUUACAAAGUCUAAGCCUAAAUCUUCUCAUACCAAGGCCUAGUAAGCUAAAUCAACAUGUAAGUGCCCGACAGACUGUGUUGUUUUUUACAUUCUGACCCCCAACAGAAGUAAUAGCAUUGUG